GAUUGGUCAACAACACCCAACGUCACUUCUUGUCAGUUCAGGCGGGAUAAAUGAAAUCCGAGAUGGGACGCGUUUUGUUUUUUUUUACUUUUGUAGCUAAAACGCCCCGAAUCUAAUCGUUUAAAUACUUUAAAUAGGCACAUUAUACUAGUUAGUUAUUAAACCAAAGCCAGGUUAGCUUCUUUGUUUACGUUGCUCCACGGUACCGAUCUCUGACGUUGACGUGAUGGAGCGACCGUCACGAAAGACAAAGGCUGUGAAUUAUUCUGAAAGCAAUGACUUUGACGAUGAUGAAGAUUUUGCUUCUGUGAAAGCACCACCGAGCAAAAAGCACAAGGAGGACAUGAGACAGGAGCAGAAGAAAUCUUCAACCAAGUCCGUCAGUCAGGAGAGCGACUCAAAAUCAACAGAGAGUGAGAAGAGCAGAAAACCACUGGAUGAAAAGUUGUACGAGAGAGAUCUAGAAGCAGCCAUCACACUUUCCUUACUCAACAACGCAGAGGGAAUAAAGGAGGCUCCCACCAGCAAAGAUCUCCGAGCUAAAAACCCCAUAGAUGAAAACACCGAUCCAUUUUCUCUUCCUAUCUCCAACUGCAGUGUGGACGGAGCUGUUAUGGGCUUGAACAAAAUCACUUCAGAGAAAGGAUCACCGGUUUCUGCCAAGCGGAGAAAAGCUUCCCCCAAAGCUGCUGAGGUACAAAGAAAAACGGAUGAAGAUGAGGACUAUCAACCCAAACUGACCCCAGGUUCAGAAAGCGAUGAAGAUUACAGUGAGCCGGCUGAGAGCGAAGACGAAGAAUUUACAGUAAAGAAAGCCAGCAAGACUAAAAAAAGGGAAAAAGGAACAAAGAAAGACAAAAUCAAACUAACUCCUGCCUCUAGGAAACAAAAGCAACCAUCAAAACCAUCAAAUCCUAAAUUACAGACAUCAGCUGCCACCUCAGUUAGAAGUCCCCCAGCAGCUAAACCGAGACCUGCUUCAUCCAAACCUGCAGCCUCUCUGAGCCCAGCAGGAGGCAGAAUACCCAAGUGGAACCCACCAGCUCAAAUAGGCAAAAGUCCCACAUCGUCCUCGGCUCCAGCAGUGAAGUCUCCCGGACAAGGUCUGCGUCUGGGACUGUCCCGCCUUGUCCGAGUCAAACCUCUUCAUCCGAGUGUUGCAGGUCACUGACGAACAAUCUGUCAGUAACUCAAGAAGGGUUCAUUUCAUACGUCAUUUUGUUUUUCUCAGAUAUUUUAAUGUCUUCUUCAUUUGACACAAAAUGGGGUAAUUCCAGGAGAGGAUCUACUAACUCGUGUUGGUUAUAAACAUCAGAGUAGCUGUGGCUGAUCCAGGGUCUGUAGCCCUCAUCGGUUAAUUAUUUAAUCCCUCCUGGAUGAGUUCAGGAAGAAACCCCUGUUGGGUUGUGUCAAAGGAAAAAUGCAUAUUGUUCCCCUUUAUUUCUCAUUUUUAAAACAAAGUUUUACUCCGUAGUGCAACAUUUGUAUAUUGUGUACAUACAAAUAAACGGAACUUUAAAUGUA